AUGAAUCCAGUAAGUCCCUGGAUCGCGGCUUUGGCCGACCAAUGUCUCUCAUUCUAUAUCGGUCAAAAUGAUCAAGAUGAAGUCCAGGUGGAAGAUAUUGACGGAUGUCUCAGCUUCAGUUUUUGCAAGCCGACACUCAAGACAGCCGUUGUUGUAUCGUGGGGAGAAGGAGAGAAGAGUCAUUGCGCCACAUUUACAGACUCAAAGAACCAGAUCGAUGCGAUUAUUUUACAUGACUCGCCGGACGUACAGGGAGCAACAUCACCCUGUCCACCGUCGCUUAAAGGAGGCCCUAGGCACCUAGUUGAACUUUUCGACAUCAAGCUCAUUUUAACGUACUCAGCACCUGCCCCGGAUGUCUGCCUCCAAAUUAAACGGUUUACUAUCCACCCGAAUGCGGUUCCGAGAGGGGAUGUACCGAAACCAAAGCUCAAGAAAACAACGGCUCUUAGAGCCCUGAUGACUAUGGCAUGCGACAAAAUCCAAAAGACGCGAGGGCAUGCUGGCUCCAACGAUCAAACAAAUGCUAGAUUGACCGACCCAUUUGCUUCUCAGCGUGAUCGAACUAUGCCGCCCAAUCAUUCUCAAACCAAUAUGGCAUCACAGUUGCUCUUCUCCCAACCCCCGUCUAAUAUGCGCCAUGGCGCACCGAAGAGUAAUGCAAUGACCAGUCGUGUUUCCCUCAACGGGUCAUCAGAUCUUCUAGGAUUGCUCGCUCCUUCUCAUCCAAUUCAAACAAAUUACGCAGCCGCUAGAGAGGUGCUCGAGGCCCACAGACUACCUCUUGGUGAAAGUGAAAGCAGGCAUUCUCCCUUGCCAAAUACAAGAAAGUCAGUGGCACCAGAAAUUGGCAGACCUCUCACCGAAAUAGAACCCUCGUUUCGGAGACUUGAUAACAACACUGCUAAUUCGACGCGCUCUAGUGAAUAUGUUACCAAUCAAUCUUACGCAGAUAUCGAAAAAGAAGUGGUAGACUUUAUAGCGGAGUGUACGGGCACACAACCUCCCAAUGAUCAUGGCCCGGCUCGCAAUGUUGGAAUGGGGGACAUUCAGCUGUCGAAAAAAAGACAUUGUGGCAGUGCAGAUGUGCCAACUCACAAUGAUGACCUGGGCUCGCAGGGCCGGCAAAGUUCAAAUACACAACCCUCCAAAAAGCGACAGCGCAUUGAUGCUGGUGAGGUGAUUCCGCCAAAUAAAUCCGAGCGAGUACAAAACAAGCUCAUGCAAUCGCCUCCUAGGGUACAGAUCGUAAACACCAAGACAGACAUCGGGUGCCCGUCCGCAACAAGUCCAUGGGAUGGAAUGAUGAAAAUACCUUUGAGCGAAGUUCAUAUUCCAAAAGACCAAGCAGAACUUUUGGAAGGGCUCAAAUGGAUCCCUCAGGACCCCGGUGUAUCUACACCGCUAUGCCAUGUACCGCCUCGUCUUUUGACGCAGUGGAACAACAUUGCACGAAGAAGACAACAUUUGGCCGAAGAAGCAGAAGCAGAAGAGCGACUAUCUGAACGUGCGCUUACCUCCACACCGCAAGAGCCCUCUACAUCUCCCAUACCAUGGUCUCCGUCCCCCGAUAGGGCCCCUGCUCGAGAUGUUCUUCCACGGGACACCGCUUCUCCCCCAAGAUACAUACGGCCUACCAGAGGAGCUUCUCCGCCAACUGGCACUCAAUAUAGCGUUGAUCAGUCUACAAAAAAUGGGGAUGUAGACAUGGUGAACGGGUCUUGCAGUGCUCCUCAGCCAGGACCGGGGGAUGUCGUCUCAUCAAGAAACGAUACCAGAACAGCAGAGCAACAAUGUUCUCCAUCUCCCGAGGAAGUAACAACAAAACCCAGAAGUCCAUUGUCUUUGGACCAUGAUCCUGACCUACCCCAAGAGCACAACGCUUCAAAGUCGGUCGAUGUGGUCAAUGACCAACCCCCAAGCAUAACACAGGAGCAUUCUCAUGACCAAUCACCCGCGAAAAAUAUCCCACUUAGAUCUGGAAUACGUGAUGAAUCAAGCGGCGAUGAGAGCGAUGAGCCAGAGAUGGAAACAUAUGUUCCUUUCGCUCUGGGUGGAAGCCUUCCGUUAAGCAGCCAACCUGAGCAGGAACCUACUAGCUCGGGACCGUCGCUUCCAAGAUUUGCAGGGGGGACUAUCCAAGUGGUGGAGACACCUGCAGCCAAUACUACACGUCUAAAUCCCGGGAAACAAAGCGAACAGAGAACUGGGGUUCAGCCCCCGAGCUCUCAGCAGCCAUACUCUGAAGCUACUAAGACAUCCCCCUCGUCCCGAAUUCCGAAUACCUACCGCUCGCAAGAUAACCACGGGCACAGUGACUUAUCCCAAGACGAACCACCGCUAAUGGAUGUGCUGGGUACUCAGACUCAAACAAGCAGCGUACAUGCACUCUCACAGGCUACAGUUCAGUCGUCCCCAGACGUCGUACUUGAUUCAUCGAGACCUGUUCAACGACAGCGUGGGUCGUCUAUCUUCCAUUUAGAUCCCUCAGACAACCCAUCAUCUUUUCCUUAUGUCGGGUCUCACUCGCUGCCCACGUCUCAACUUCAUGAAAUAAGCCAACAUUCUCCGGGAGGACUCGACGGAGGAUCGCAGUUGCCGGAAUUGUCGCCUAUGGAAUUCACCACCUCGGUCGCUGCUCACGGAGAGUCCCCAUCUAAACGCCCUAAAUCUUCACGCCCUCCGCGCUGCGAGGGUGUUGAUACUGGCCAAAAGGCGGCUCACGGUCCAAAUGUCGAGUUGGUAGCACGGCGACAAGGCUCUAUCGGCAAUUCUGACGAGUAUGCCGAAGCACAGACAGUCUAUGAAAAAUUCUGCAAUGAUUAUUCUCCGUACGCUGGUGGUUUUGCUCACUUCACUGAGAUGUGUUCGAAAUUGCAGGCAGUGCGGCAAAAGGGCCAACUGCAACGAUCGUUCCUAUGGGAUGACUUUGUCAUCCAAUACCUGGAGGAGUACUCGCGCUAUCUUACAGAGCAUAUAUCUGAACAUUCGAAGACACUAGAUUACGAAGAUUUCUUUUGCUCGAGAUUCUCACGCCCUCACCACAAAAAGAGAAGCCUAACAGCCCACGGAAUUGACAUAGUCGCCUCUCAGUUUGUUCCGCCUACCAGUACCGAGCUAAGAAACUCGCCGGUUCCAAAUGAAGUGACAAUCCAAGGCGAGGUAACCCAGGAUAAAGCGAUACAAAGCGAAGUGGCCAAUAAUUCUUUCACGGCCAGUCUUGUGGGAAUUUUUUCAAACCUCCAUGCUCAGUCCUUUGGUGAUGCUCCUGUUUCGGAUGUCUGCAUGCCAACAGCAACGCAGUCAUCGUCAUCCUCCUAUCCUAGCACCGGCUCGGAUUCAGUGAUUGUGAAAAUUGAAGCAGAUGAUUCUUUCAAUGGACAGAUUGGCUCCCAAAAAAUCACCAGCAGCGACGAUCAAAAGCCUGUGUUCUUCAAUCAUGACGAAGAGACAACCGAUGCAACGCGAUCCGACGCAGAGAGCGUUCGCUUCGCGCCUGAACCGAACGACGUUGACAUGGCCGAAGCCGACAUGGACGAAAUCGAGGAGACACAGGAAGGAGAUGGUACUCACCAUGAGACUGCCAGUAUUGAACUUGGCGAUGACACUGACGAUCGCCGCAUCUCUGUCUCUCCCGCUCCGCCCGCCCCGCCUGCGGCCCUGGGCGCUCUCAAUAAUUCCGAGCCCAAGCAGCCAAGGCGACGAAGACCCUGGUUCCGGUCUCUUCGGAACAUAUGGCCCAAAGGUCCUGUGUGGUCCGAUGACCCCGACACACCGUUCAAGCGCUGGGCUCGCCAAGACCAGAACGUUCUUCAGGAACUCAAUCGUCGCGGUGGAGUUAGGGUCCUAACCGAUGAGAAGGGUGUCAUUCGUUACCCCACCUACAACCGAGAUCAAGACAAGAACCCUGGUCCCUGA